CGCGCGACGGCGAGCGACGCGACGUAACGUCGGAAGCGCUUUGCGGUCCGUCGGGUCUACUGAGGCGCAAACAAGAGGGCUGGCGAACCGGCUGGCUAGCUGAGCGCCCAAAAUGGAUGUCUUCUUAAUGAUCCGACGUCAGAAGACGACAAUCUUCACAGACGCCAAGGAGUCCACCACCGUCUACGAGUUAAAGCGCAUCGUUGAAGGAAUUCUCAAGAGAGCCCCUGAAGAGCAGAGGCUCUACAAAGAUGACCAGUUGCUAGAGGACGGCAAAACUCUUGGCGACUGUGGCUUCACCAACCAGACUGCCAGACCUCAGGCCCCAGCUACAGUUGGUCUGGCUUUUCGCAUUGGUGAUGAGAUGUUCGAGCAGCUGUAUGUCGAGGCCUUCUCCAGCCCUCCGGAGCUCCCAGACGUGAUGAAGCCCCAGGACUCAGGCAGCACCACAAAUGAACAGGCCGUGCAGUGAGGCGGGCAGGAGCAGCGGGGGGUGGACAAUAGCGGUGGAGGAUAUAUGUACCAUACUUUUUUAGUUGAUGGAAGCCAAUGGAACGGGGGUUGUUAUAGUUAACCAAAUUGAGUCUACCCACUUAACCUUUACCUUAAACCUGCAAUUUGCUUCACCUAAUUUGUUUUUGAUAUUCUGUUAUUGUUAACCCUCCUCCUUGCUCCUUUCUUUUUGGCGCCAGCUAGCUCGAACAGUGGCCUGUUGGUCUCGCUGCGUUUAAAUUAUCAUCACUAUUGUUCUGAAGAUGACGUCACAGUGGAAGAAACAUGCAUGGGGAAGCAGGCCGAUGUCCAAACACUGCAUGAACAAAUUCUGCUUUCUUUUUCCAGUGUGAUGAUGGCAAGCUUCUGGCUCCUAUGUCGAGUCCUAUGUUUUUACUUUAUAUUUCAGAAUAAAUCCAAAAUGACCUUGCUCAGACCAGGGGGGAAACAAACAGCUCUGUACACUGUAAAAAAACAAGUUUUAUGUUGUGUUCAUUUUGUUUGUUCAGCAUCAGCAAAACUGAACACGUUCUCCGCCUCGUAGCUCUGCUGUGUCUCUUCGUUGCACUGUGGUACCUCUUAGAUAAAGUAGGAGACAUUUCUUUGGAGUUUAGUUCGUCUGUAACAUAAUUCCCAGGAGCAAACUGUGGCGUUAAACUGCAGUCCUCAAAAAGUCACCUACCCCCCCCCCAAAAAAAAAACACAAAACUUAACCCCAGCCAGAAACUGUGAGCUUAAUUAAAGUU